AUGAUCCCUGUGGGAAGACUAAAGGCUCAGCCGCAGCUGUGGCAGAUAGAGAGAGAUCCCUCUCCAUGGCUGUGGAUGCUGCCUGGCCCUGGCCCUGGCCCUGGCCCUGCUGCUGCCUCGGGGUUCUGCCGACUGGGUGCCACUACUGCCCCUGCUGCCAUGCCACGCCCUCACCAUCCCUUCCUGCUCUCCCCUCACCACCCUCCUCCGCUGCUCCGAGCCGUCUCCAGCUGGCAGCUGUCCAGUGAUCCAUUCCUGCCUCUGGGGAGGAUACGGACACACACAGCAGCUAACCCUGGCAUCGGUCAGUUUCCCCUGCAGAACGUCCAGGUAAGUUGCUAUCAGCCAAAACUUUAUAUUUUCAGAAUGUUUUUUUGAAUGAAUGAUAAAUCAUGUUUGCUAUACACCUGAACAACAUUCAUGUACACGCUGGUAGGGGAUACACACACAGACAGACAGGCAUCUGCACUCGUACACAUAGGCAUGCACACACGAACGCACGCACGGACGCAUUGACAUGCACGAACGGAUGCACACGUGCCCUGGUUGGUCUAGUUAGUCUGAUGGAAAAUGGCUCAUACAGCACAUCGUCAGUGUUACGAUCUGCAUACAGAUUGCCGAGGGAUCGCAUUCAAACUUCAGUUGGGGAGUUUUGCUAUGUUGCUGAAGGAAAAAAAAUGCUUUUGGACAACUUGUCAACUCUACAGUAUGUCCUGGUGGUUGAUAUAAUAGAAUAGCCAUUUAGCACACACUUUUAUUCAAAGAGACUUCCAGUCAUGUGCGCAUAAAUUUUUAUGCAUGGGGUGGUCCCAGGAAUCGAACCCACUAUCCUGACAUUGCAAGCACUACCAACUGAGCUACAGAGGACGUCCUUCAUAAUGGAAACUGACCCAAGAGUAUUUCCAUAUGCAUGCCAUGAGUGGCUUGUAGUGUAGUGUAACUGCAGUUGGUCUCUGAUUCCACUAGCGUUGCUUUAGUGUCCUUUCUGCAUCCUGAUGAUCAGAGCACAUUUCCCCCCCCAAUCCUCUGAUCCCGCUCACACAGCCAAACACAGCGUGACAUUUAAUCUGAGGAGAGCAGAGAGUGGACUUAAUCAAGACAGGUCAGGCAUUUAGGCACUGAUGUAGACCUUGACUUUUCACACCGUUAACCACCGUUCAUAGGGAGGAUACUGUAGAAGGCCCUUAAUAUUGGUGGCAGGGAGGAGAGGAGAGGAGAAGAGAGGAGAGGAGCGGAGAGGGGGAAGAGGAGAGGAGAGGAGAGGAGAGGAGAGGAGAGGAGAGGAGAGGAGAGGAGAGGAGAGGAGAGGAGAGGAGAGGAGAGGAGAGGAGAGGAGAGGAGAGGAGAGGAGAGGAGAGGAGAGGAGAGGAGAGGAGGAAAAUGAACAUAGCAACAGACACAGCGGGUGUUUGAUGUGAUAUUUUGCAAUGCAAAGCUUUUUCAGAAGAAGCUUGUGAUUGAUUUUUAAUGUGGCGGUUGUGGGAUGAGUCAGCGUAUAUCACGGAGAGAGACAAACAUCUUUUGUCUGUCUGGAACCAUGGAUAGAUGGCUUCGACUGAGUAGAUUGGUGGAGACUUGCUCCAUAACUCCAUGCUUGGAAAAUGAAGCUUUUAUUACAGUCUUCAAUUGUGAAGGAUCCUGAGGAGCCCCAGAGUGAAGCUGUGCAUUAUUGUUAUACGUUUGAAAGGCUUGUCAGUGACAGACAGAAGGCUGUGUUCUGUUCUGUUUGUAAACCAUUACCUAGUUCUAUAUGGCUCUCAUUCCUCCACCAUGCCAUCCUACCAACUACAGUUCAUCAUCCACCAUGCCAUCCUACCAACUACAGUUCAUCAUCCACCAUGCCAUCCUACCAACUACAGUUCAUCAUCCACCAUGCCAUCCUACCAACUACAGUUCAUCAUCCACCAUGCCAUCCUACCUACUACAGUUCAUCAUCCACCAUGCCAUCCUACCAACUACAGUUCAUCAUCCCCAUGCCAUCCUACCAACUACAGUUCAUCAUCCACCAUGCCAUCCUACCAACUACAGUUCAUCAUCCACCAUGCCAUCCUACCAACUACAGUUCAUCAUCCACCAUGCCAUCCUACCUACUACAGUUCAUCAUCCACCAUGCCAUCCUACCAACUACAGUUCAUCAUCCACCAUGCCAUCCUACCAACUACAGUUCAUCAUCCACCAUGCCAUCCUACCAACUACAGUUCAUCAUCCACCAUGCCAUCCUACCAACUACAGUUCAUCAUCCACCAUGCCAUCCUACCAACUACAGUUCAUCAUCCACCAUGCAUCUACCACUACAGUUCAUCAUCCACCAUGCCAUCCUACCACUACAGUUCAUCAUCCACCAUGCCAUCCUACCAACUACAGUUCAUCAUCCACCAUGCCAUCCUACCAACUAAAGUUCAGGGAAUCACCAUCUCCUUUAUUGAUAGCUCAAAGCGUUCAGACACAGUAUUAUCGACUGAUAGAUAUAACCUACUUGACAUGGAAUGGUGAAGUUUUU